AGGGGAGAGCGGCGGCGUGAGGGGAGCGGGCCCUGCCCUGAGGGGGUGGCGGGGGCGGGUGUACGGCUGGUCCCUGAGGGGAAGGGGGCUUGGGGACAAGGCUGGUCCCUGAAAGGAACUGGGGGGGCGACAAGGGUGUUCCGCAAGAGGAGGCAUGGCUUGAGGAUGGCGCUGUGCCAGGGGGAACUGAGUGUGAGGCUGUGGGGGCUCAGCUGCCUCAGGGUUGCUGCUGAGCGGGUAAGGGAGUGCUUGAGCCUGAACAUGGGAGCACCGGAGAUGUCAGGACAGGGGGUUUAAUCGGCGAGGGGAGGCAGCGCUGCUCCUGCAGAAGCACUGGUCACCACUGUGGAAUUCCUGGUAUGAGAAGGCAGAGCGUCGGGUAGAGAGUGGAUCCUUGCAGCAUUGCUGUAAUCAUGAAGGCAGUUCUCGUAAUUGUCCUAAUCAUCUUCACUUUGCUGUCUUCAGGGAAGAAAUUUCGAUGGUGCACCCUCUCUGACCUAGAACAGAGAAAGUGUGCUGAACUGUCCAAAGCACUUACAGCUGUGCUGCCCCUUGCUACCAUCAACUCGUUUGCUAGGAUUUCUUGCAUCAGAGCCCAGAAUACAUAUGACUGCAUUGAUAAAAUCAGGGUGAAUAAAGCAGAUGCUGCCACCUUGGAUGCAGGAGAUGUUUACUCUGCUGUAAAGCUAUAUGGUUUGACAGUGGUGGCAAAGGAGAUCUAUGACCAAGGAAAUUGUGUUUUUGCUGUGGCUGUUGCCAAGCGAGGAACUUUGGAUAUCCAGAGGCUACGAGGUGUGCGCAGCUGCCACAAUGGAGCCAGAUGGACAUCAGGCUGGAAUAUUCCACUUGGCUUUCUACUUGCAAGAAAUGAUCUUUCCUGGGAUGAGGCACAACCUCUGAGCCAAGUAAUCAGCAAGUAUUUCAAUGCAAGUUGCAUCCCUGGGGUUGGUGUUGCUGCUCCUCAACUGUGUGCUCUCUGCCAAGGCCAAAAAUCCUUUGUCAGAGACAAAAACCACUUCUGUGAGACAAGCAGCAAUGAACCCUUCUAUGACUCUGAGGGAGCCUUCAGGUGCUUGAAGAAUGGAGUAGCAGAUGUUGCCUUUUUAGAUCAUCUAACAAUUAUGAGAGCUACAGAGUCAGAACACCAGGAAUAUGAACUCCUUUGUCCUGAUGGGACUACUGCUGAGCUGAGCGAAUACAGCACCUGUAACUUGGGCAGGGGUCCUGGCCGUGGCAUCAUCACUCGCCGCAACUUCCAGAAGAUCACCAACAAAUUUCUUAGCAUGAUCCAACGCCUCUUUGGUCAAAAAGGAAGAGAAAGAGCCAGAUUUGAACUCUUCAAUUCAUCAGCAUUUGGGGGAAGGAACCUGCUCUUUCGGGAUGACACUCAGCACCUGCAACUUCUCGAGGAGCAGCUAGAGAUUGCCUAUGUCCUUGGCCUGGAUUAUGUAGCUCUCCUUAAGGGACUAGGCCAUGAAGGGAGCUCUUUGGACAACAGUGUUGUGCGCUGGUGCUGCAUCAGCAAUGCUGAGCUUCGCAAAUGUGAGGAGUGGGCACUGAGCAUCAAAUCUGACCCGUUAGUCUGUGUCCAGGCAACUUCUAUGACCAACUGCAUUGAAAUGAUCAAGAGUAGUGAGGCUGAUGCAGUUACCCUGGAUGCGACACAUGUCUACAUUGCAGGGAGAUGUGGACUGGUGCCUGUAGCUGCAGAAUGUUAUGAGCAGAGGUGUGGCCCAGCUGCUGAGAGCACAGAGGAAAUGAGGAAAUUUCAUCUGAAGCCCAAAGCACUGUCACCUGUUUAUGCUGUAGCCCUAGCUAAGAAAAAUGCCAAACAGAUUAACAUCCAUAACCUUCGAGGAAGGCGAUCAUGCCACAGCCACGUGUAUAGUCCUGGAGGAUGGUUACUUCUGUCCAGAUAUACAGUGGGAGCUCUGAAGAAUGUUGCUGAGAGCUGUGACAUUGGGUCUGCUUACCAGAAUUACUUUUGGAAGGGCUGCAUGCCAGGAGCAGAUGGAAACCUGUGUAAAGUAUGUGUUGGAGACAGUGAGGUGGAAGGAGCUCGAGUAUCUAGCAGAUGCACUGCAAGUCACAACGAACGUUACUAUGGCAAUAUGGGAGCUCUCAGGUGCUUAGUUGGCAAUCCCAGUGGAAGAAGCUUUGGAGAUGUAGCUUUUCUGGAGCAUUCAAACCUACUCCGGAACAUAGAGAAUCUGGAUAGCUCUGGUUGGGCUAAAGGUUAUACCCCUAUUGACUUUGAACUCUUGUGUCCGGAUGGAACGCGUGCUGCAGUCACAGAAUGGGCAGGCUGCAACCUUGGCCCUAUUCCCCCCAGCACAGUCAUGACUCGGCCAGUCACUGUCACUAAAAUCUAUGACUUCCUAAUGAAAUCCCAGGAAUUUUUGGGAACCAAGCUGGAUUCUGAAUUCCAUCUUUUUCAGUCACAGAAGUAUGGUGAAAGUGAUCUGCUUUUCAAAGACACUACUCAGUACCUUGUUCGCGCAAGUCACAUGAGCUAUCAGGAAAUUCUUGGAGUGCCUUUCUUUCAGCUGGCAGAAUCAGUGUUUAAUUGUACACCUGCAGGCAUUUUAGACUUUUGCAAACAGGACAUCUGUACAUCCUCAUCAAAUUGAUGGCUAAUAAGACUUUGCAAGGCACCUACCACCACCAAUGCUGAAAACAAGGAAAUACAGAAGUCCAGCCUAUCCAAAGCAAUCAGUAAGGAAACUGUCACUUCUAGAAACCUAAGCUGAAUACCGUUUUGUUAUCAUCUUUAGUUUUUAAAAAAAGCAUAUUUUAUGUUUAUGAUCAUGUAAUACUACUCAUAUGUCAUCGUGUCAUCCUUUUCUUGUUUGGAGCAUGGCAUGAUGUGGAACAGCACACACCAGUCUGCCUAACCCACAGCACAGAACUGGGAUCAGCAAUUCUGAGCAACUACUAUAGAGGAUUCAGCAUUUUUGUGGGAAGAGAGGGUCAAUGCAAUGGACUAAAAUACAAGCUGUCAUGAAGGGCACAGGUUAGUGGGUAGCAGUUUGCAUAGCUUUUCCUAUUAUAUCUUUUAAAAACUGUUUUAAUGAAAAAAAAACAACUGAUAUUUUGGUAGUUGCAACAUUAACCUAUAUUUGUGAUUUUGUUUGCAGUCUGUGUUGAAUAUGCAUAUGUAUCAUGCAUCAUGUAUACAAUUGUUAUCAGAAGCAGAAGUCUUUUCUACUUUUAAUUGGGAAGACUGUAUUUGCUUUUUUAACCAUGGGUUUAUACUGGUAAAUCAAAAUAUUUGUCUCUCAAAUUAAUGUAUUCAGACAUCUAAGAGCCAGCAGAACUGGAUUCUUGCAGCCUUAAGGUGAAGGAAAACAAUGGAUAUACAUCCUUCUCAGAAGCAUCAACCAUUACAUUGUAUUUUGACACUUAAGUGUCUAAACAUGAAUUAUUAAUUAAACCAAACAUUGUUUUUACAAGCAGAAA